AUGGCGCCCCCGGCCCGUGCUAAAAAGCGUGGCGUCCCUGUGAAUCUGGACCCCAAGAGGCGGGUUCAGAAACAUACAAACAAUACUGUGCGAUCACAGCCCCUCGCUGAAGCUCUCAAUCGCUCAUUAGAAAAAGGUAAAAGAGCCGUGGAAAAAUCUUCUGCCGUGCAGAACACGCAGGUUGUAGCGUCUUCAUCUGAACAACCCUUAGGUCUAACAACGGUUAUCGAGGGCGAAUCAGACCAAGAACCUGUAAUUGAAGAAUUUCCACCAUUUCUGAGCAGUAAUUCACUAAAGAGAUCAUUUGACUUGCAAGUAUCGAUGGAAGACCCUCGCGAGAUAAAUGACUCUGAAAAAGAGGAUACACAGGAACAAAGUUCAAAAAUAAUGACAAAGGCAAGAAGUCUCUUAAACCUGGUCGGACCGUAUCUAGAAGAGGUGGACCUUGAGUGCCCUGGAACUGGUGCAGGCUUCCUGGCUCUAAUACCUGAUGAGGUCACUCGCGCUAUCAGGGGUGAGAAAAUUAAUACAGAUUGUGAGGCUUUAUCACAGACUAUUUCCACGACUCCGUUAAGUGAUAAAAACACCUGGGCUGCAAGAAUAGCAAUAGGAAAAUAUUUUUUUAAAAAACUCUAUUUGGGGACCCAUAGAAAAACUCUGAACUCCCCCCCAGAGGUCAAAGUCAUGAAGAUAUACGAAUUAUGA